ACAUCUAGCACGUGCGGCCAGAUGUCGACAGCACGGUUCAACGUUACGUAACGCGGUCCAGCACACUGGUUUUGAUGUCUGGGGUUAGGGAAACGCGCGCUCAUGUGCGGACUAAGCUUUAGGACAAGGAACAGCCCUUCGCAGAAGACCUCCCUUCGAUGGGGCGAUAGUUGCACCAUAACUUAACUCUAGGCUAUCGCGAGUGCUACAGUGUAUUUAGAUUAUAUAUUUUAUGAUGGAUUAUUCUUAUACAAUCUGGAUGUACUUAUAGAUUUGUAUUGAGAGACGUUACGUGCGUGUGUGGGAGGGAGGCGCAUAUAUCUUCGGAGGGCUUUUUUAUUAACAAACCAUCAAGAUGAUCAACAUAGCGGGAGUGAUCUCCAUCAUCCUUUUCUACGUGCUCAUCCUAGCGGUGGGGAUAUGGGCUGGACGGAAGAAGCCAGCGGGAAAUGAUUCUGAGGAAGAGGUGAUGCUGGCAGGCAGGUCUAUCGGACUCUUCGUGGGGAUAUUCACGAUGACUGCGACGUGGGUGGGCGGUGGCUACAUCAACGGCACCGCGGAAGCGAUCUACACCUCCGGGCUGGUGUGGUGUCAGGCGCCCUUCGGAUAUGCUCUAUCUCUUGUGUUUGGGGGCAUAUUCUUUGCCAACCCGAUGCGCAAGCAGGGCUACGUGACGAUGCUGGACCCGCUGCAGGACUCGUUCGGCAGCCGCAUGGGCGGAUUGCUGUUCCUGCCCGCCCUCUGCGGAGAGGUGUUCUGGGCGGCCGGCAUCUUGGCGGCACUUGGUGCCACCCUCGCCGUGAUCAUUGACAUGGACCACCGAACCUCGGUCAUCUUCAGCGCGUGCGUGGCAGUCUUCUACACCCUGUUCGGAGGCCUCUACUCCGUCGCCUACACUGACGUCAUCCAGCUGUUCUGCAUCUUCAUAGGUCUAUGGAUGUGUAUACCGUUCGCGUGGGCGAAUGAUCACGUGAAGCCGCUGAGCUCCAUGGAGGUGGACUGGAUUGGGACGGUGGACUCGGACUAUUAUUGGUUUUAUAUUGAUUAUGGGCUCCUGCUGAUCUUUGGAGGGAUACCUUGGCAGGUAUACUUCCAACGAGUGUUGAGCAGCAAGACGGCGGGGCGCGCUCAGAUACUGUCGUACGUGGCGGCGGUGGGGUGCAUCUUCAUGGCCAUCCCGCCCGUGCUUAUUGGAGCCAUCGCUAAGGGAACAGCAUGGAACGAGACGAAUUACCGUGGACCUCUCACUCCUGACGGGGAGCUGACCUCCGACCAGACCUCCAUGAUCCUCCCGUUGGUACUCCAGCAUCUUACGCCGGACUUCGUAUCGUUCUUCGGUCUGGGAGCUGUGUCGGCUGCUGUCAUGUCUUCGGCUGACUCUAGUGUGCUUAGCGCUUCGUCUAUGUUUGCCAGGAACGUAUACAAGCUGAUCUUCAGACAGAACGCGUCUGAGAUGGAAAUCAUCUGGGUGAUGCGCGUCUCCAUCCUGGUGGUGGGGGUGCUGUCGACUAUCAUGGCGCUCACUAUACCAUCCAUUUAUGGCUUGUGGUCCAUGUGCUCAGACCUGGUGUACGUGAUCCUGUUCCCCCAACUCCUGAUGGUGGUACACUUCAAGAAGCACUGCAACACCUACGGCUCGCUAGCUGCGUACAUCGUGGCUCUACUGGUGCGCUUGUCAGGGGGUGAGAAGAUGCUGGGCCUGCCUCCACUGAUCCAUUACCCCGGGUGGGAUGAAGCGACCGAAGUCCAGCUGUUCCCCUUCAGGACUUUGGCGAUGGUGCUGUCUUUGUUCACGCUGGCCUUCAUAUCUUGGCUGUCUGUGUACCUGUUCAACUCCGGCUACUUGAGCCCCGAAUCCGACUACUUCAACUGCGUGGUCAACAUCCCAGAGGACAUCCGCCGUGUCGACGAACCCUCGGAGGCAGGUGAACAGAUGUCGGUCCUCGGAGGAGUGCCUGGCAGACUGUACGGCGCCGCAUCCACCCUGGUGGGGCCUGAUGAGAAGUCCGGGAGAAUAAACCCGGCCUUGGAGACAGAUGACGAUGACUUGGAUGACCCCAAUGAUGGGCCGACCCCUCUCUUCGGGAAUAGCCACGCACCCCCGCCUGUUCAGCCAUUCGGUAAACAAACUGCUUUCUGAGACGAUUAUUACUUUUAUUAGUUGUUCCAUUUUUAGUUUGUGAACAUUGAUAUAAAAAUCUGUUGAUGUAGCUUGGUAGAACACCUUUGUAGUCAUUGCUUUUGGAAUUCAGGCCUAUAUUAUUGACACCAAUGAUAAUAUAAACCUCUUGGCAGGUGGAAAGCAUUAGGAAAGCAAAAAACAUUUUUAUAAAUUAUCAUCUAUCAAUGAGUGUUAAGUGAUUUUUAGUGAACUGGUUUUGAUAAAACAAGGCUCCCCUGUAUAAAUUAAAAGAUUUUUAAUAUUUUUGUGUAAGUUUUCUUUAGUUCAUGCUAAGGGGUUGAGCUGUAACUUAAUAUCCAUAGCCAAGCUUUGUUUCGUAUGUAUAAAAAUUAUACCUGAGAUUGAUGGGCGAAGAGGAACGUACGGUAUACUCCAAUGAUUUCCACCAGAUCAGGUAUUCCAAGGUUUUAAGAUGAUUCACAAAAAAAUAACUUGAAAUGAGAAAUAUGGGAUGAAAAUGUGAAUAGAAGUUGGCUUUCUCUCAUUUUUAACCGACUUAAAAAAAAGGGUUUUUAAUUCGACGCGUAUGUUUUUUUUAUGAAUAACUUCGUCAUUUCUUAACCAAUUUUAAAAAUUCUUUUUUUUUGAAAGAAUAUACUUCUGGAAGUAUAUUCUUCCAAUUUAAAAAGAUUUUAUAAUUACUAAAAAACUAAUUUGGUUUUUUUUUUUAAUUGUGGGCAACAACAGAAUUGCAUCUUUAUAGACGUGUUUUUAUAUCAAUGUUCCGAGUAACCAGGUUGUAUGCACUGGGUGUCUAUGAAUAGACUCAGUGAUGGACUCUUAACGAUCCGACAUCGAAGUGGUGUUGAUAUACGUUAGUCGAAGAUAUAGUUUAGUGCUCAUUGAUAUUUUCUUCCAGGAGCACAACUUUUGUAUUGAGCACAAAUUAUUUUUUGAGUUUAAUUUUUACUUACAUUGACGGCGAUGCACAUGCCAUGACUUCUAUGUACAUUUACUUUUGCACUAUCAUUUUUGUGUGUAUCUGUGUGCUAACACAACUAUAUUAUAUUUAGAUGCGUUACAUACACAGAUUUUAAAAUUUAAAACGGCACACAUCUCGCAGCGUCGUAAUUGGAUGGUCUAUCAAAAUAAAGAAGCGAUAGGUAGACAAAAUACUUGCUAAAAGGUUACUUUUCGCUCAUUUUUGUUUUGGAUCGCGAUUACCUAAAUUUUUUUUUUAUUUAUUUAGGUGUUACACAAAUCUGUAACACUAUGGUAAUGCCAAUGAUGUCUAAGGUUGCGGGGGAGGAGAGUUAUACAGGAAAGAGAGCAAUUUUCUCAAUACAGUACAUAGAAGUCUUUGAUGCCAAAUAUCGUUUUGCAGGCUAUUUAUUUUUGCACGCCGCCAAUGUAAGCCGGCCUUUAUAGUGCGUGAGGUGUAGAGGGCGUAAACUUAGUUUAAAUUGUAUAGUGAGUGUGCAAUGACUAAGCGCUUUUGGACAUUACGUGAAAUUGAAAAUUUGAUAAGUUCUAAUCCUAUGACACGAAGAUUUGAAGAAGACACAUUUGGGCAUCCGCAAACUCAAACAGAACCAGAGUCAGGGUGAAUUAAAUGAAAGAACAUUGGAGAUUUGCGUCUAUCUUGCGUCCGUGUGGCGUUCAGAUGCGUCCUGCGUCCAAACGAUUCGACAAACUAAUUCCGGAUUUAAAAUUGGCGCAAUUUCUACGGAAUUCAGUUUCGUGUGAUUUAAUUAACUCGUGAAUGUAUCGUCGUGUGCAAAAGUGCUAAUAGAAUUUAUUUUAUAGUAAAUAAUCUGUACUAAAUGAAACGCAUACAUAUCAAACAAAUGUGAAAUUAAGUAUAAUUAUAUUAUAUAUGUUGUUAGUAAAGAUAUAUCACUAUUUACUGGAGAGAUUCCUUAUUUAAGUCAAUUAAUGUAGGAAGACGAGCACGAGUAAUAUAUCUAUGUGCAAUGCUUCUAGGUUGGGGGUUGUUGCGUUAUGUAAUAGCGAUUGGCAUAGCUUUGGACUUAAGAAUUGUAGACGAUAGAUAAAUAUCUAUCGUCUACCAUUCUUAAUUAAUUAAUUAAUUUAAUAACAUUUAAUAACAUAAUAACUUAAUUUUAAAAUCACUCAAAAAUUUGCAGUAGGUUGAAUAAGCACCUUUUCUAAAUUAAAUUACGAAAUCAAACUUUAUAGCAGGCGCGUUUGCGAUCAAGUCAAUACAUAAAAAGAAAUAUAGGAUUGGAAAAGUAUCAACAUUGAACAAUAAGUUUGUUAUUGGCUUAAAUCAAAUAUGGCCUAUUUGAAAAUGAAAAUUUAUUUGUGUAUGAGUUUUGAGUUUUAAAAUAUAAUACCUAAACAUAAAGGCGCUAUCUAGUUUUACAAUAUUUUCGAUGUAAAUAUAAGUAUAAUUUGGAUGGAGAGUGCAGAUAUAUAACAUUAGUAUUCAUUCGUGAAAAACCUGUUAUUGCUUUUCAAAAUAAUACCAUAAAAUGUAUAUUUUUCAAUUAUUUUUUCAAAGAUUACACUUUGCCUUAUCUUUUUUCCAUUAAACUUUUUAUGUCGUAAGUUAUCAACACAAGUGAAGAAAGAGCAAAGUGAUGCUAAUAGCAACUAUAUUGCGUGAUGACCCCUCAGAUUAUUAUAAUUGUGAAGUUUUCUUUAGAUGCGUCAACCGACCAAAAUAAAGAAACCCUUAGAAAAAAAAAUAUUAUUAUAACAAAAGAAAUAUAAAUUAAAAUAGUUACAAACGAAAAUAAAGAUUUUUAUUAAUAUCGUUGCUUUAAUAUUCAACAAUAUUUUAAAAUUACGCUUUCAGAUAUCAUUAUUUUAGUUUUUAAAGAUAUUUUGUUACUUAAGGCGAAUUGUCACAGCAAGUAUUUUAUGCAAAAAGUACUUUAGUCGUAUUGGAAGUAAUUUUUUUUUCUUAAUUAAUAGAUUUAACUGAAAUAAUAUUAUAAUAGGAAAUAUUUUUGUCAGAUAGAAUUUUGCACAAACACAAAAUAGAAGCUGCCAAAUUGUGUUUAUUAAUCAAAUUUAAUCAAAUUUUUUAGCACUUUUGAAGCAAGUCAAAGGUAUCUUUAGUGACUACCGAUUUGGAAAGCGGAUUAUAGUGAAUGCUAGUUAACUAAUGCGAUUUAAUUUUUGUGGAAUUCUGUUUUUUCGUGAUACGCGUUUUGCAAAUGAGAUGAGAAAAAGUUCGAAUAAAACAUCAUUAUCUAACAAAAGAUCAUGUAGUCGAAGCUAAUAAUAUAAUUGCUGUGGUUUUUCAAUUAAAGUUAAUAUUUAUAUUUAUUUAUUUAUUAGGUUGUAAGUAUAUAGUGGCUGUUAUUAAAUUUUGAGCAAAGCUUUUUUAUAGUUUUUGAUUACACAUUUAUUUCUCUCAGAGUUUAUUGAUAGUUGGCAAUAUAAUACUGAAAUAAUUAAGUAUAUGUGUUUGUUUUUAGCAAUAUGUGGUAGCUCAUUCAGGCACCUCUUAGGGUAAUAUUUUUUUAGGCAGCUUCAUAACAUCAGCUGAUUGAUUGAGCUAAUAGAAAAUAACAUAUUAUAUUUUAUAAAUAAAACUAUCUCGAAUUAAAAAAAUCUUUGAAGUAUUACGAUUAACAAAAUAUAAAAAUGUUUUUUUUUUAUUUUUAAAGUAUAAGCAAUGAAUAUUAUACGUACAAAUAUAUUGAUGUUUUUGAAUAUCCUUAAAUAUUGUAAUAAAGUUUGAUGGCCAUAUAUAGGGAAUUUCGGUUACCAUAACAGAUUUUUAAGCGAAAAACAUAGCCAAUUGUGUUUAAAAUCUCUAUUAGGCCAACGGUUUAAUGGAUUAUUGAAACACAAUCUUAGGUACAAUCUCAGUUGAAAUGUUAGCAUACGUACUAACUAAAGAAAAAAAAAAGAGGAAUAUUUUAAAAAUAGCAGAAAUUCCUUUUAUAUGAUGCAGAAGGUUUUACAUACUUAUAUCAUAUACUCUCAGUGUAUUAAUACUCGAUUUUUCGCUGAUAUUGUGAAAAUUCCUGAAAUCGUCUUGAAUGGUAGGUUAAAAUUGUAUCGGUGUUCAAAAAUAUAUGUAUGUGUUAAAUGUUUUCCCCGAAACGUCGAGCCCUUAUCUACCUAUCUGUGUAAUAGGUCUAAAGAUUUUUAAAGUGUUUUAAUAUCUCUUUGUAUUCAGUAUUGAGAUAUUCGAGAUGGGGCUUUUACUAAAGGUUUAUAUGAGCGCAUUUCUUAUAGAACGGAAUAUAAUAUAGAUAUACCUAUCGAUUAUUGUGAUAUAGUCACCUGCCUGAUGUUAAUACUUCGCGAAGACUCAACCAAAUACAUAUCAUUAUGUGACUUAAUGUAUUAAAUUAAUAUAAAAUAUAUAACAUAUGUUAGUGAUUAGAUUGAACGGAUACAUAUCAAAUAUUUUUAAGGUAGCUUUAGAAUAUCGUUGUUGUUCUAUCACUGUCGCGUACUAAUGUUGUUGUGAACGGGUUUUUCGUACUACGACUAGUUAUACUAUAUUUCAUGUAUAACCUAAUUAUGUUAAUUUUAUUUUCAAAUGUGUUUAUUAUUAUAUUAUUAAUGUCAUACAAAUGUGUGUGUCAUCGGUAUAAUAGAUUAUACAUACCUUCUUGAAUACAUACAAAAGACAUGUCUUUUAUAAUCGAAAGUAUUUUAACGAAAUGUAUAUCAAUAUUUUUGUUAUAGGUAACUUACAUAAAUUAUGUAACAUGUGAUCUACACGAGAUUAAACAGUCCAUAUUUAUAGUCGUUUUGACUAUAAUGGGUAAAUUUUAAAUGAUAAUUUUGUUGCACUUAUGUAUAUUUUUAAUAGGUAUUGUGUACAAAAAUAUGUAGAAAUUUUCAUUCAUUAUUCAAUUGAAGAUUACAGUAAUUCGUGUUUAAUUUUUGAAACCAUUGCAAAAUGCCUCAUGAUUCAUAGGCGUACUAAAAUAGUUAAUCUUUUAUAUUUAGUAUUAUUUUAUUAAUUUAAAAAAGUAAUCAUUCCGAAACUGCAAUAUCCCAAUAGGGCUUUAAGUAACCUGAAUUAUGUACAAUAAAUGAAAAAUAAUGUUUAUUCCUUUAUAAAUUCUCGUUAAAUUACAUUACAGUUUGCAUUUAGCAUUCAAACCUCUGUUGAUAAACAGGUAUAAUAUACGUUAAAUUUACAGCAAGUAUAUAUUUCAACGAGUAAAUAUUAUAAAAGAACGAAUAAAUAUUUUAUAUUUUUAUUUAGUGAAUAAAAAUAUAAAACACGAGGUGCGGAUAUAUUUUUUUUUAGUAUUUUCUACAUAACUGUACUUAGCCAAAAUCCUAUACUUAUUACAGUCCAUUUUUAAUUGAAUGUAUCGUUUUUCGAAUCCUAAUUAAAUUUACUAAAUCUCAUAGAUGUAAUAUGUAUUUUCUACUGCCAUACAGUGUCAUUUGACUUUCGUAUUCGUACUAUGGUCGAAUACAAAUAUGGUCACCCAUCUUGAAAAAACUAAUUUAUAUAUUUGGCACCUUAAUACAUUGCCAUACUGUGUUUAAAUCACUAAGAAGCAAGCCGCGACGUUUGCACGUUAAGACAGAGAAAUUAAUAGACAAAGAGCUGAUAGCAUUCGUCGCAUUUCGUCAAAAAAGAAAAUAAGAUAAACGUGGAUUUUUGAAGAAACUUGCCACUCAAUAUUGACUCGGUAUGAUGACGCGUUCACUUAAUACUGCUAGCCACUCACCAUCAGAUAAGCUCACAUGCUUGCAGCGCUAACGGCUUGACAGCCGAUAAAACUGAUCAUGUGUCAUGCAUAUUGCGGCCAACACACGAUCAGUUUUAUCGGCUGUCAAGCCGUUAGCGCUGCAGACGUGUGACCUAAGGUUAAGGUUUAUCGUCAGUGGCUGACACAAAGAUUGACAUUCAAUAAGUUUAGUAAUAGAUUUCAAUUUAAAAAAAGAGCACUUAAUUACAGCUUCAUCUUGUUUUGACUUAAAAUAUGGGAAACAAAAUAGGUUGUGCGUUAUGAUCUGAAAAUCACGUUAAAACCGAAUAUCUUUUGACUAGCACACCAGUCGUCCAUUUCCUUCUCUGUCUACGGGAAAGUGAGUAAAAAUGUAAUUUUACUCUCAGUAAUGGAAAGUAAUAAUAAUUCGUGAAUGUAUUGAGAUGUCAGGUAAAAUUAAAUUGAAUAUAAUUUAAAUACAGUUUUUUUUCGUUUUCCCGUCGGCCACCACGUUAGGACGGGACGGAACCACUGUUAGCUAGUAGUUAUACCUACUAUUGACUUAUUCCUAGUUCUUGUUGAAUAUUUGAAAUGUGUAAAUUGUGUAAUGUUGUGACUACAGCCGACCCCUGCGACGUAAAUAAAACAAUAUAGUAUGUUGAUGGGGUU